AUGAGAACACUCACCAUGUGCGUCUCAAUGCUUGAUCUCCCUUCGCUCGCGGCGGCUCAUGCGGUCUUUAUCAAUAUAGGGGAGCAACAAGUGGACAGUUAUCCGGACGCCCUGUGCUGUGCGCAUGGAGUGGGGAUCCAACUCGCUGCAGCCCGUCUCAAUAAGGGGGCGUCGCGUCCUGACGUCAAGACGCCGCUGCCUCUCUCAACUCCAACUCACAUCUGCACAGUGCCCUACUACAGUGCAGGGGGAGUCAGUCUAGCGGGCAAUUUGCAGAUAGACAAUUAAGACAAAGUGGGCCCAAUUACCGAGAAGUUCAUCGUUGCUUUUGAAGACUUCAAUCUCCUGUAGCAGUAUUUGUUCUCGUUUUCCAAUGGAAAAAUCCUUGAACCACAUAGGGUAGAAGGGGAUUGCUCUUACAUGUGGUAUAGUGAGUACUAACUUAGCAGAUGAACUAAAGUAGACACAGAUGGAAAGAAUGAAAUAAAAUAAAGAGAAUGGAUGGAUGAUGGGGGAUGGGGGAUGGAGGGAGAAGCGAGUGACUGAGGGAGGAGGAAGAAACUUUCCCAGAGAAGCCCAUAAAACUGAUUGAUGACUUCUCUUGAGGAAUGUUUCCCCAGGUGUGUGUGUGUGUGUGUGUGUGUCUGUGUGUGUGUGUGUGUGUGUGUGUGUGUGUGUGUGUGUGUGUGUGUGUGUUCAAGUAGUUACUCGGAGUCAUUUAGAAAUGCUAUCCUUGGAAGGGUGACAAGAGUAAUCAAAUAAAUUGAGGGUAGAAAUGGCAUGAUUGUGCAUCACCAUUACAUUUUGGCAGAGUUUGCAUAGCCUAUUAAAGACACACUAUACACUUUUGAGCUCCCAGUUAUGUCGAGGAGGAACAUUGUUUUUCUUUGACGGCUGGUUUGAUAAAGCAAAGCAAGUCUAUUGGACAGAAGCUGUAAAGACAAAGAAGCUAUGAAGCAAUAAAUAUUUUUUUAAAAAGUACAUCUGUAUUAGGUGUGAGUGUCAUACUGUCAGAGCGUAGAAUAGCAGGUGUCCUGCCAAAAUCUGCACCCUGCAGCAAGACGUAGAUUGAUGUAACUAAUAAAAAGUGAGCCGAAACAAGACGAGGCAGUGAUAUUUGCCAGACUUUCCCCUCAUCAUCAGAGUAAAAAUGAGGAUCGUUCUUGACAGAAUUGCAACGUUUCUGGAUAUUGGCGGGAACUGGAACACGCUGUCGUACACGUCGAUCCAGAGCAUCCCAAACAUGCUCAAUGGGUGACAUGGCUGGUGAGUACACAGGCUUUGGAAGAACUGGGACAUUUUCAGCUUCCAGGAAUUGUGGACAGAUCCUUGCGACAUAGGGCCAUGCAUUAUCAUGCUGAAAAAUGAGGUGAUGAUGGCAGAUGAAUGGCACAAUGGGCCUCAGGAUCUCGUCACUGUAUCUCUGUGCAUUCGAAUUGCCAUCGAUACAAUGUAAUUGUGUUCAUUGUCUGUAGCUUAUGCCUGCCCAUUCCAUGACCCCACUGCCACCAUGGGCACUCUGUUCACAACGUUGACAUCAGCAAACUGCUCUUCCACAUGAUGCCAUACACGCUGUCUGCCAUCUGCCUGGUACAGUUGAAACUGGGAUUCAUCUGUGAAGAGCAUAAUUCUCCAGCAUGCCAGUGGCCAUCGAAGGUGAGCAUUUGCCCAUUGAAGUCGUUUACGACGCCAAACUGCAGUCAGGUCAAGACCCUGGUGAGGACGACGAGCACGCAGAUGAGCUUCAAUGAGACGGAUUUCUGACAGUUUGUGCAGAAAUUCUUCAGUUGUGCAAACCCACAGUUUCAUCAGCUGUCCAGGUGCUUGUCUCAGUUGAUCCCGCAGGUGAAGAAGUCGGAUGUGGAGGUCAAAUCAAAUCAAAUUUAAUUUGUCACACGUGCCAAAUACAACAGGUGUAGACCUUACAGUGAAAUGCUUACUUACAAGCCUUAGACCAACAAUGCAGUUUUAAGAAAGAAUACCAAAAAACAUCACUAAUAAAUACAAUAUAAAAUAACACAAAAUAAAAGCAACAAAUAUUUAAAGAGCAGCAGUAAAAAUAACAAUAGCAAGACUAUAUACAGGGGGUACAGGUACCGAGUCAAUGUGUGGGGGCAUCGGUUAGUCGAGGUAAUUGAUGUAAUAUGUACAUGUAUGUAGAGUUAUUAAAGUGACUAUGCGUAGAUAAUGGGCUGGCGUGGUUAAAUGUGGUCACUAACAUGGAUGUAAACAAAUUUGUGCAUUUUAGAGAAAUAAGCUUUUUGUGCGUAUGGAAAAUGUCUGAAUUCUUUUAUUUCAGCUCAUGAAACUUGGGUCCAACACUUUACAUAUUGGGUUUAUAUUUUUGUUCAGUAUACAGUGAGGGAAAAAAGUAUUUGAUCCCCUGCUGAUUUUUUACGUUUGCCCACUGACAAAGAAAUGAUCAGUCUAUAAUUUUAAUGGUAGGUUUAUUUGAACAGUGAGAGACAGAAUAACAACAACAAAAAUCCAGAAAAACGCAUGUCAAAAAUGUUAUAAAUUGAUUUGCAUUUUAAUGAGGGAAAUAAGUAUUUGACCCCCUCUCAAUCAGAAAGAUUUCUGGCUCCCAGGUGUCUUUUAUACAGGUAAUGAGCUGUAAUUAGGAGCACACUCUUAAAGGGAGUGAUCCUAAUCUCAGCUUAUUACCUGUAUAAAAGACACCUGUCCACAGAAGCAAUCAAUCAAUCAGAUUCCAAACUCUCCACCAUGGCCAAGACUAAAGAUCUCUCCAAGGAUGUCAGGGACAAGAUUGUAGACCUACAUAAGGCUGGAAUGGGCUACAAGACCAUCGCCAAGCAGCUUGGUGAGAAGCAGCAGGUAGCUUAGUGGGUAAGAGCGUUGUGCCAGUAACCAAAAGGUCGCUGGUUCUAAUCCCCGAGCCGACUAGGUGAAAAAUCUGUCAAUGUGCCCUUAAGCAAGGCACUUAACCCUAAUUGCUCCUGUAAGUCACUCUGGAUAAGAGAGUCUGCUAAAUGACUAAAAUGUAAAAAUGUAAGGUGACAACAGUUGGUGCGAUUAUUCGCAAAUGGAAGAAACACAAAAGAACUGUCAAUCUCCCUCGGCCUGGGGCUCCAUGCAAGAUCUCACCUCGUGGAGUUGCAAUGAUCAUGAGAAUGGUGAGGAAUCAGCCCAGAACUACACGGGAGGAUCUUGUCAAUGAUCUCAAGGCAGCUGGGACCAUAGUCACCAAGAAAACAAUUGGUAACACACUAUGCCAUGAAGGACUGAAAUCCUGCAGCGCCCGCAAAGUCCCCCUCACUGUAGAUGAUGAAGCUUUUGUAGCGGGUGGGGUUAGGAGGCCCAGAGGCCCCGCCCACAUGUAUGGACCUGGUCAGGCAUUUGUCAUCCUGAUAGGGACACCUGGAGAGGAAGUAAAAUACAUUAAUAGUAGUUUGUCAAUCAACACAGUGUUUGUUAGCCCACUGAGCUUAAGCCUAGGAGGCAUUAGCUUUGGGAGCAAACACCAGUCUUCAGGUCUCGGCAUGUUGAUGGGUUUUACACACCAUCUAAAGCAGCGUUUUCCAAACUUGGUCCUGGGGACCCCAAGGGGUGCACGUUUUGGUUUUGCCCUAACACUACAUAGCUGAUUCAAAUGAUCAAACUUGAUGAUUACAGUGUCGCCCUCCCAGAGUGCAAAGAACCUUGGCGUGACCCUGGACAACACCCUGUCGUUCUUUGCAAACAUCAAAGCAAUGACCCGCUCCUGCAGGUUCAUGCUCAACAACAUCCGUAGAGUACGACCCUACCUCACACAGGAAGCGGCGCAGGUCCUAAUCGAGGCACUUGUCCUCUCCCGUCUGGACUACUGCAACUCUCUGUUGGCUGGGCUCCCCGCUUGUGCCAUCAAACCCCUGCAACUUAUCCAGAAUGCAGCAGCCCGCCUGGUGUUCAACCUUCUUAAGUUCUCUCAUGUCACCCCGCUCCUCCGCACACUCCACUGGCUUCCAGACUAACCUCGCAUCCACUACAAGACCCUGGUGCUUACCUACGGAACAGCAAGAGGAACUGCCCCUCCCUACCUUCAGGCUAUGCUCAAACCCUACACCCCAACCCGAGCACUCCGUUCUUCCACCUCAGGUCUCUUGGCCCUCCCACCCCUAUGGGAGGGCAGCUCCCGCUCAGCCCAGUCCAAGCUCUUCUCUGUCCUGGCACCCCAAUGGUGGAACCAAGUUGCCCCUGAAGCUAAGACAGCAGAGUCCCUGCCCAUCUUCCGAAAACAUCUGAAACCCUACUUCAAACAGUAUCGAAACAAUCCUCCUCCUCACCUCAACCCCCCCCCCCCCCCCCAAAAAAAAAGAAUAAAUAAAUAAAUAACACUUAACCAGCACUUGCACUUGACCCCUCCCCGCCCCGACCCCAUCCCCCCUUCUAGCUCUGACUUUACUGACAGCUACGUUAUUAAGGAACAAUGUACUUUCUAUGCCUGUGAUAUGUGGUUGUACCACCUAGCUAUCUUAAGACGAAUGCACUAAUUGUAAGUCGCUCUGGAUAAGAGUGUCUGCUAAAUUACUAAAACGUAAAUGUAAAAUGUAGUUGAUUCUUUUAAGGCAAGGCAAAAAACAAAACAUGCAUCCUUUGGGGUCCCAAGGACCGAGUUUGGGAAACCCUGAACUAAAGACAUGCCAGGAGGGCACAAUUGUAUUCAUCUAAAAGUACCCUUUGAAUGAAUGAAUGAAAAGUAUUGAUCCCCAGAGAGGAAAUUUAGUUUGUCAUCAGCAUCAGACAGGAACAAUACAGACAAAUAAACAAACAAUGUUUUUUUUAAUUUAGCCCUGGACCAGGAAGCUCCAGCAGGGCAGGCUGACAGGGCUGGGGGUGGAGGUGGCCCAGCACUCCUGCAGGGUGAGGACCAGGUUGGGGCCGCUUUGCUCCAGCACCCGCCACUCCACGUACACAGGUUUCCCAGGACCUUGGUGACAGGAUAGUCCUCCUCUGUGUGGUAGGAGCCAAACCUCCAGUCUGGACAGAUGGGAGAGGGAUGAGAGUUUUAAACCAGGGGUGUCUCUCAAUCUUCUAAAGUGUCUUCCUCUCCUUGUUUACUUUCCUUCAAUCUUUUGACAGGUGAAAGGAAGGGUGCCAAACCAACUAUACUGAACAAAAAUAUAAACACAACAUGCAACAAUUUCAUUGAUUUUACCGAGUUACAAUUCAUAUAAGGAAAUCAGUCAAUUGAAAUAAAUAAAUUAGGCCUUAAUCUAUGGAUUUCACAUGAGUGGGCAGGGGCGCAGCCAUGGGUGGGCCUGGGAGGGCAUAGGCCCAACCACUUGGGAGCCCACCCACUGGGGAGCCAGGCCCAGCUAAUCAGAAGGAGUUUUUCUCCACAAAAGGGCUUUAUUACAGACAGAAAUUCUCCUCAGUUUCAUCAGCUGUCCGGGUGGCUGGUCUCAGACGAUCCCGCAGGUGAAGAAGCAGGAUGUGAAGGUUACACGUGGUCUGCGGUUGUGAGGCCGGUUGAACGUACUGCCAAAUUCUCUCAAAUGACGGAGGCGGCUUAUGGUAGAGAAAUUAACAUUCAAUUCUCUGGCAGCAGCUCUGGUGGACAUUCCUGCAGUUAGCAUGUCAAUUGCACGCUCCCUCAAAACUUGAGACAUCUGUGGCAUUGUGUUGUGUGACAAAACUGCACAUUUUAGAGUGGCCUUUUAUUGUCCCCAGCACAAGGUGCGCCUGUGUAAUGAUCAUGCUGUUUAUUCAGCUUAUUGAUAUGCCACACCUGUCAGGUGGAUGGAUUAUCUUGGCAAAGGAGAAAUGCUCUCUAACAGGGAUGUAAACAAAUUUGUGCACACAAUUUGAGAGAAAUAAGCUUUUUGUGCAUAUGGAACACUUCUGGGAUCUUUUAUUUCAGCUCAUGUUUGACAUCGUGGGAUUUUUUUUGUGUCAGUACAAUUUAUUAUGCGAGAAAUGGUGGUGGAAAAGCCUUAAUGUGAAAUAUUGCUAUAAUACCCAUCAUUUUGAAGUAAACUUGGAGUCACGCCAUGAUACAGUUUGUUGUAUGGUCCUCCCACUACAACUAGGGAAACCAUACCGUUUAUUAGCAUACAGACAUAGCCAUAUGAAGUAGUUUGGGGUGGGGUUGCCGCAAUUUUUUUGCCGACGUAUGCAGAAAAAAAAAGACAUCUGUAAUGGUCUGCUAAUACAGGACUAGUAAAGGCCCAGUGCGCUACUUUUGUGAUUUAAAAAAAACACGACAUGUAUUUGAGUGUUUACCAGCAUUUGUAACUUGAGUCUGUUAGCCUAAUUAUCCGUACAAAACAGUUCAUCUGAUAAUACGUCUUUGAUAUUUGUUUUCCAGUUUCUUGAAAUACUUUGCAAAUGCUUAUUUCUAUAUGAAAACUGAAAUAGUCUAUUCAUUCUCCAUUUUAGGAGACUCUCUUAUCCAGAGCAACUUACAGUAGUGAGUGCAUACAUUUUCAUCCAUGGGAAUCGAACACACAACCCUAGCAUUGCAAGCGCCAUGCUCUCCCAACUGAGCCAGAUCAUCACAUCACAUCAUCACAUACAACUUGAUGUGUCAAUGUACUCAGUUACUGUAUUGUGCAUUGUUUUUCUUCAUGGUGAUGGAAAGUCUACAGGUACAAACCUAGAUGACCAGCCUCUGUACAAUACAGUAAUGUACAUUUACAUUAAGUGGUUUGUAAGGAUGGUAAGUUAAUACUGCACAAAAAGUGCUUGUUUCCAUGUUAUUUGAUCAAUAACAAUAUUACAUUUGAUGUGGAUGUUUUGUGUCUUUGCCCAUCACUUUGCACCUUUUGAUGUAAAUGUUUGAGGACAGGGUCUUGUUAUUUCUGGAUUCCAUUAGAAUAACAACUGCAGAGAAAGGGACAGGCCAACAACUCUUAUAAUUUCAACAAUUGAAUCCUGCAAGAAAUUGUUCUUAAUUAUACAACUACCUUUUUUGGCAAAGCAGAGAUGCAGAUUUAUUUUUUGUCCGCCCUACAGAGGUCGGUCAGCUAAUACUAGUAAAGGCCCUUUGCACUUUAAUUUUUUAUUUCUUUCAGGGGGUGCUGCUGCACCCUAAGCACCCCUACUUCCCGCUGCUAUGGCUACAGAUGAAAUCACUUAUGGUGAUCUUCACAGGGUGGUGAAAGUGCAUGGUGAUCUUGACACUCCUUUCCAAUAAAUAUUGAGGGUCUGAUUCUGGUGACAAGAUGAUCGAUGCUUGACUGCCGUUUGGCAAAAAGAUUAUCGCUCUUUAACGCAACCAUUUUUGUGACAAAACUAUCGGUAGAGUUGAAAAUACGAUGGAAACACAUUGAACUUUUGAUUUUUAUUCGGUACAUGAAAACUUAAGCGCUAAAGUACAUUUUGUGUGCACUUCGUCAUCAAGCACUGAUUUUAUCUGCAACAAGUCCAUUUGUUGGAAACACACCACUAGUGGGAAAAUGGGCAUAUUUUCCUUAUGCAUAUUUUAGAAUAUUUGCAUGAAAACCUGUAGCCAAUUGGAUGGAAACCUAGCUUUAGAUAUAGAAAUUAGUGCUGAUUGUUAAUUUGCCAAUCCAAGUUGUUGGAGAUAAUGAGGUGACCAAUCAAGUGUAGACUACUGGCAGGUGCACAUGGACCCUAUUAUGGAUGAUUUCACUUUCCCAUAACAGAAAAUGUAAAACAUUUUACCAUUUUAUCAAUGCAAUUCUAGAGACAAUUUCUAAAUAUACCACAAGAUGGCAGCACAGCACAGUACAAAUCUCCAGGGCUGUGUUAAACCAGCAAUAUGUAACUUUUUGGUCAACCCGACCCAAUUCACAUAGAAAUGUGAGUUAUACAUCUGUUAUUCUCAUUGAAAGCAAGUCUAAGAAGUAGUAGAUCUGUCCUAUGUGCGUUAUUUCUAUGCUUUCUGUUCUUAAAUUUCAUUUUUGAGUCUUUUACUUUCGGUUUUGUACACCAGCUUCAAACAUCUGAAAAUACAAUAAUUUUGGUCAUGGGAAAUAUAUUUCACAGCGGUUUUGAUAGUACAAUGAUUCUCUACACUAUACUUGCUUGCUUUGUCACAGAAACUGAAAUGAGGGUAACUAUUAGAAUUUUAGCAACCAGGAAACGGCGGAGCGGUUUCUGAAUAGUGCAUCUUUAAUGGUAAGUUCAAUUAAACAGAAAACAUGCUGUCCUGAACAACCAGGGGUGUAUUUAUUACGGAAACCGUUUACCGUUUAAGAAUAAAACAGAGGCAAACAGAAUGAAAAGGGGAGGGACCUAUCUGAAUUUGUCCAACAGAAACUCUAGUUUGAAUUAAUACACCCCAGUUGAAAAAGGGGUUGGGGAACACUGUCAGCAUGGCUGUUGCACUUUAAAUAUGCUACUCAUUGAGGGAGUAAGAAUUCCGGCUCUCACAGACCUGUUAGUUUUUCUUUAAGAAGCCCUCCUCUUCUCCACUCAUUACCUGUAUUAACUGCACCUGUUUGAACUCGUUACCUGUAUAAAAGACACCUGUCCACACACUCAAUCAAACAGACUCAAAGCUCUCCACAAUGGCCAAGACCAGAGAGCUAAGGACAUCAGGGAUAAAAUUGUAGACCUGCACAAGGCUGGGAUGGGCUACAGGACAAUAGGCAAGCAGCUUGGUGAGAAGGCAACAACUGUUUGGCGCAAUUAUUAGAAAAUGGAAGAAGUUCAAGAUGACGGUCAAUCACCCUCGGUCUGGGGCUCCAUGCAAGAUCUCACCUCGUGGGGCAUCAAUGAUCAUGAGGAAGGUGAGGGAUCAGCCCAGAACUACACGGCAGGACCUGGUCAAUGACCUGAAGAGAGCUGGGACCACAGUCUCAAAGAAAACCAUUAGUAACACACUACGCCGUCAUGGAUUAAAAUCCUGCAGCGCACGCAAGGUCCCCCUGCUCAAGCCAGCGCAUGUCAAGGCCCGUCUGAAGUUUGCCAAUGACCAUCUGGAUGAUCCAGAGGAGGAAUGGGAGAAGGUCAUGUGGUCUGAUGAGACAAAAAUAUAGCUUUUUGGUCUAAACUCCACUCGCUGUGUUUGGAGGAAGAAGAAGGAUGAGUACAACCCCAAGAACACCAUCCCAACCGUGAAGCAUGGAGGUGGAAACAUCAUUCUUUGGGGAUGCUUUUCUGCAAAGGGGACAGGACGACUGCACCAUAUUGAUGGGAGGAUGGAUGGGGCCAUGUAUCGCAAGAUCUUGGCCAACAACCUCCUUCCCUCAGUAAGAGCAUUGAAGAUGGGUCGUGGCUGGGUCUUCCAGCAUGACAAUGACCCGAAACACACAGCCAGGGCAACUAAGGAGUGGCUCCGUAAGAAGCAUCUUAAGGUCCUGGAGUGGCCUAGCCAGUCUCCAGACCUGAACCCAAUAGAAAAUCUUUGGAGGGAGCUGAAAGUCCGUAUUGCCCAGUGACAGCCCCGAAACCUGAAGGAUCUGGAGAAGGUCUGUAUGGAGGAGUGGGCCAAAAUCCCUGCUGCAGUGUGUGCAAACCUGGUCAAGACCUACAGGAAAUGUAUGAUCUCUGUAAUUGCAAACAAAGGUUUCUGUACCAAAUAUUAAGUUCUGCUUUUCUGAUGUAUCAAAUACUUAUGUCAUGCAAUAAAAUGCAAAUUAAUUACCAAAAAAUCAUACAAUGUGAUUUUCUGGAUUUUUGUUUUAGAUUCGGUCUCUCACAGUUGAAGUGUACCUAUGAUAAAAAUUACAGACCUCUACAUGCUUUGUAAGUAGGAAAACCUGCAAAAUCGGCAGUGUAUCAAAUACUUGUUCUCCCCACUGUACAUCUCUUUUCCAUAAAAUCAUUUUCAAAUGAGUUUUCAUUGGGAAGGCAGAUAAAGUGUUUUUACUCUAUGUGCUUAACCUACGUCACUUUUGUUUUGAGCCGACGUUGCUGGCGGUCAAAGCGGGGCACCUGGCUCACGCCCGGGAAGCAACCCAGAUCCAAAACGAAUGCAAUCACUUUUCACCCGGUUCAAACUCCUCCCACUCGGGAAACCUGGGCGAGGUAAUCGAAUCCCCUCAUUGCUUCAAGUACACCCAGCCACACCCACCAAACAGAGAAAAAGUACCUCAAUGUCUGUUCAAGAACAUUUUGGGGAAACAUGUCUUUCAGUACAAACCGUUACGCAACGUAGCAAAAGUUCAAUUGAACUGAAUGCACCUUGUAGCUGCUACAUUAUUUUGAAAUGGAUAAUAUGCAUUUGUACGACAACUUUUUUUAUCCAGUAUUAACUUUUUCUUGCUCCCUAUACAGUAGAAUCCCCAUGAGAAGCUAAACUAGAUUCAGAUACAUUUCAACAAUCACACGUACACAACGUGAUAAAAACAGAGUUUAUUAAACAUUAAAAAAAAAAAAAUGCAUUUUGGAAACAUGGAUAAGGAAACAAACAUUUUACAUAUAGUUGUACAAGGAUUCAAAACAUGGGCACACAAUAACACUGACAAGGUAAAAUGGUUUUCCAAUUUCUUAUACUUCCCCAUCUUAGAUAUUCCCAUGUUGGUAUUUUAAGUGGAUUUCAUUAUAGUGUAGCAUUCUGAGUGUCAACUCACCUAUUGAAAAGGCACAUUUAUGGUGGCUUCAGGAGUGUGUAAAUUGAUGAUAUUGAUUCGAUGCAAAUUGUAAACCAUGAUGACACAUCUGUGAAAGCAUUUGGACCGACACCGCUAGAUGGCCUCUUCCUUCACAGAUGAUUUUAGAGUGGUGAAGUACUGAAAGUUCUGGGAGACUUGACUUGGUACACUCUAUCAGAAGGCUGAGAGUCUAUGCAGAGAUAGGAAAUGUAAUGUUCAGUUGAUUGGUUUGCUACAUACAUUAUUAUUGCUGUUGAAUGUAACAUUGUAACUACGCUCCAUGCAUUCUAACUCUGCCCCACUCCAUAGAUCUUAUGACCAUAUGGGACUCCGUCAUUUUGGGUGAUUUCACAGUUCUCCUGCAUCGUCUGUCUUAGAGGGAAAACCGGGUCAGUGUUGAACAGUCUGUGAACUCAUGCUAUGUUGUGUUUGCCUCUAUUCAAGUGUCUAUUUGAGUGAGUGUGGGCAUUAGGUGUGAGUUUGCUUUGCAAGUGUUAUAGUGUGUGUCUCACCUUGCUCAGAGGUCUUGAGGACGUGCGUCUCACACAGGAAGGGUUCCAGCCUCUCCUCCUGAUGGUGGAAGUACCAGUCCUCAACAACCUCCUCAUGCUGCUCAAGUAGGGCUGUAUGUUGAUGUGUACACACCAGUGGAGGCUGGUGGGAGGAGCUAUAGGAAGACGGGCUCAUUGUAAUGUCUGGAAUGGAAUAAAUGGAACGGAGUCAAACAUAUGGAAACCACAAUUGACUCUGUUCCUUUUAUUACAUGCCAGCCAUUACAAUGAGCCCAUCCUCCUAUAGCUCCUCCCACCAGCCUCCACUGGUACACACACACAGGUAUGUACCUGUUUCUUCAUGUUGGACAUCUCCACCUAGGGUUCGUCCCAGACUUCAUAGGGCAGGCCCAGCUCCAUCUUCGCCUUCUUAUGCACCAGGUUCUUCAGAGUGGCCAUGGUCCAACUGGUACCCUGAAACACACACAGACCAUUAGUAGGUGUGUUACAUAAUGAGUGGUCAAAUCACAUAAAGACGUCCUCCAGCGAUUUUGAUUUUUACUGAAGAAGGACUUUAAGUCUACAACAAGAGAGCAGAGCUCAAGGAAAGGAUUGCCUCUUGCCUCUUCCUCUCCAUAAGCUAAAGUGGCUUCUUCUCCUUAAACCCUUCCCUUCAUUGGCACUGAUUUGAAAGGACAGAUGACCCAUCCUGUUUUAUCAAAUCACCACAGCUGAAGGAGAGGAGGGCCACUUUAGACUACUAUCCCUGAGGUCACUUACGAGGUGUUUUAUUUGAUAUUGCAUCUGCGUUUCCCCGUGUCCAGCAGCACUCCCAUCUACAGCACCUCCUUGGACCAGCCCGUCUUCUCCAGUGCUGCCUGCAACUCCACCGUCAGGAACUUACACACUGUGGGGUUUACACAGACAGACGUACUGACUGACACAGAGGAGCAGUAGCGGUGCGUGGGUAAAAUCACUUGGGAAGCCAUAAAAAAAGUCAUAUUACAACCUUUGUGUUGUGAUAACUGUGAUGUUUGCCCUAUAACCUGUUAGUUCAUAUGCCUUGCGACCGAGAUAUAUAGGCUUAAGGCCGAGACAAUAAGACGACACAGUGGAAGAAUAAAUUCAACCACACCUUUAUUUCAUCACAAAACCGGAAAGGAACCUCUGUCAGGUGAAGUCCACAAAGCAUAUUGCAUGUAACAAACAGUUACAUGACCUACAGCAUGGUCAAGCAAGUUAAUGUUUCCGACAUUUUCACUAAACAACUUUAUUUUAUUUCUUUUUUUUUACCCCCCUUUUUCUCCCCAAUUUCAAUCUUGUCUCAUCGCUGCAACUCCCCAAUGGGCUCGGGAGAGGCGGAGUCAUGCAUCCUCUGAAACAUGACCCGCCUAACCGCAUUCCUUAACACCCGCCAUUUUAACCCAGAAGCCAGCCGCACCAAUGUGUCGGAGGAAACACCAUUCAACUGGCAACCGUCCUCCCCUAACCCGGACGAUGCUGGGCCAAUUGUGCGCUGUCCUAUGGGAUUCCCGGCCACGGCCGGUUGUGGCACAGCCUGGGAAUGAACCCGGGUCUGUAGUAACGCCUCUAGCACUGCAAUGCAGUGCCUUAAACCACUGCGCCACUCGGGAGGCCCUCAACUAUUGAUUUAGAACCACAGAGAGUUACCGCAAGUCGCAAAGAAAACAAGAGCUGCCUCCACUAUUCCAGCAACAUUUCAACUUCAACAUUUCAACGUCAUCAAAUCACCUAUGCUUAGUCUAAUACAGUGACAACUUAAAGAAAACAAUUUAGUCAACGUAAGCUAAAUUGGAUGUGGCUGUCCAUGAUUGUUCGGAUUUCUAUGUGUGCGUUCGCGUUCGUGCAAGUAGAAAAAACAUGUUGACUCACCCUACUUGUAGAGAAAUGCCAAUGCCAUCCUCCUCUCUUUCAUGUUGAAGAAACGGUCUAUCACUCUGUCAAACAGUACACACUUUAAUUUUUUUGUUGUCCUAGGCUACCUGGCUAAAGAGCUUGCUCGCUAGCCUAACUUCCUUUCAUGGGUAACGUUAGCUAGUUAACAUUAGCCUUCUACAUCUAGCUACAUAUUGAGGAAGCAAAAUAACUCAGUUCUCUUUGUAUUCACACUGCCCUUGCCUUUGAAUGAGGACUCAACUCUUUUUCCAGUUCACUUCACCUAUUUUGUGGUCUGAGUCCUCUUUGCACUCACAUUGCUAUGUUUAGAAAGGAACCAAUAUAUUUUUCAAACAUUCACUCAAUGUACUCAGGGUUUUUACAAGGUGCAGGACAAGCAAUUCCAUCAGAAUGUGUUGUCGGACAAUUAUAUAUACCUACUUACAUUUUGGAAGCUAAUAGAUUGCAUUUAGUUAAAAGAUGAGACAUAAUAAUUGUAAUCAGAAGAUACUAUUAACAUGUACGUAAAUAUGAUUGUUAACAGAAUAAAUAGCAUAAGAAUAACUGUAGAUUAAAUAAUGCUGUAAUUGAAAAUUGUACACCCAAUGUAGGCUACUGCCACUUUAAGAGCUAGAAUAGAUUUUGUACCCUAUGAUGUGAUUCUCACCAAUGUGAGAUGUUGUCUUACAAAAAAGGGAAACCGGAUCAAGGAAUUCAAGCAAACCGAACUCCGACGACCUCUCGAGAUGGUCUCAGUUCGGUUCGCUUCGGGGCUAUUUUGAAGGGUCUGAGUUCCUUUGUAGUAUUCACACUUCACCAAAAAAAAUUAAGCGAACCACCCUGAGUUCACAAAAUUUGUCUGAAAGGGACAAAGUGUGCAAACACCCUCAGACUCACAGCAAGUAAAUGGCAAUAAACUGGUGCAGUGUAGAAGUUGGCACUACCCAAAAGGGGAAAAGGGGGAUCGUGCCCAUUCGGUUUAGGAAACCUAGUCGAGCAUUGAAAACAUCAAACUCAAGGUAGGGAACGGUAUUCAGAGUAAAAUGUAACCACCUGCUUAUUUGUUAACAAUACAAAAAAAUAUGCUAAGAUAGCAAUGCAUUUAUUUUAUCUCAUAAGGAUUUUAUCAAGUGAAAUUGGUUGGUGAGUUUGAAGCUUUGGAGUCCCCUGCUUGUCAGUGCUAUAAUUCUAGAGCUAGGGCCUUCUAUUUAUUUAUAAACAGUAUUUAUAAAUAGGCAGUGUAAAUAUGAUUAAUUAUGACAGAGCAGGGUUUGUAGGGUUCAUGUCAUUGUGGUGCUAUUCUUGUUGACAGUUGGUUAUGAGAAAGGAAGAUACUUCAGACAGGUAUGAAGGAGUGAGUAGAUUGAUAAGCAAAGGUGGGGUUUAUACAUAGAUGACUGAUUUAAUGUGAUUGUGACUAGCUGAUACAGUAAUAUUUCAUCCAAUGCUUCAAUGCCAUCCAACUCUGAAUCUUUCCUAAAAUGGUGGUGUGCCCUUGUCACAAAAUGGCCUGGACGUUUAGGAAACAUCAUCAGACCUACAUCUAAAAUAUUUGGUAGACAAAUGGUAGACAUAAGUUAAGUUUAAUAGCAUCACAUCUGUAAUCCUAUCUGCACAUAGGCUUUUAUGAGCAUACGUUUCCAGUCUGCAGUAGUAUCUAGUCAAUAAUAUUGCCUGUCCCACUGUUUCAUGUGUGUACACUGCAAUCCAGCUGUUAGCUGCAAAUGUGAACAACAUGACAUAGAUACAUAGCUAUUUACAUUUAAAUGAGAUUAUCCGUUUUCAGUCUGGCGAUGACGGGGUUAAAGGAGGGGGAUGGGGAAGAGGAGGAGGUUGGGGUGCCCCGCUGUCGGGAUGGGGGGGAAGGGAGGAGGAGAAGAGGGAAGGGAGAGAGGAAGGGAGGAGAGAGAGAGCGAGAGGGGAAGGUUUGUGAGUCUCCGAUCGCGAGAGUCGCUUUUUCCCUCGUAUGAGAGGAAGAUCCUCUCUAUCCCGCUCCUGCUCGGCUUCUAUCUUCUCUUUUCUCUCUCUUCUCUCUCUGCUCUCCUUCAUCUUUCUCACUUCUUUUUGUCUUCGCUCUACUCUCUCUCCUGUCUCUCCCUUCUCUGGUUUUUCCUUUCUUUUUCUUUCCUCUCCUCUCGCUCAGGUCCCCCUUCUCUCCCUCUCUCUUCUCUCUCUCCUCUCUCUCUCUUCUCUCCUCUCUCUCGAUCUCUCUCUCCUCUCUCUCCUUCUCUCUCUCUCUCUCUCUCUCUCUCUCGCGCUCUCUCUUACUCUCUCUCUCUGCUCUUUGUUUUGCGAGGUUGCGGCUGCCUCGGAGAUCUCAGUGUUUUGUCCAUUUACUCGACUCUUCUCUCCGCGCUCAUGACGAGGGGUCUACCAGAUAAAGUUGCGGGUGGUAUUUUCCCUAUGAGAGGACAGAACACUAUCCAGAGGACCUGAAGAGAGGAGCAGACCCAGCAGUAAGAGAUACCUCCACAUACACACACACACACGCACAGGAGAAAGAGAGAGAAAGAUCAAUAAGUGCCUCAAUGAAGAGACAACCAAACAGCACCUUAACGUGUAUGUGCUGUGUGUCUUUGCAUGGAAUUGCCUACACACUAACAAUUAUAGCCUUGCAUGGUCUCAAGUCUCAAGUUCUCUUGAUUGGUUAGUUUGUGUCUGCUCCCUCUGUCCUACGCACCUGGGACAGUCCCCUAUGUGCACUCUUAGAAAAAAGGGGUUCAUAAAGGUUCUGUGGCUGUCCCCAUAGGAAAACCCUUUUUGGUUCCAGGGAGAACCCUUUUGGGUUCCAUGUAGAAAGGGUUCUACCUGGAACCAAAUGGGGUUCUUCAAAGGGUUUUCCUAUGGGGACAGCCGAAUAACCCUUUUUGGUUCUAGAUAGCACCUUAUUUUCCCUAAGAGUGUGGGUUAGAGGAUGAAGAGUGUUUUUACUGUAAUGGGUGAAACAUUAGCAUGUCUGAACGUAACCCUGUGGUGUUUCCCCAGUGUGAGAGGCUACAGUGGCUAGCUCUUGCUAAUUGUGUGUUACAGUAUGUCACAGAGCGAUGGAAGGAGUAUCCAUUGUCUGUCUGGAGGGUAGGGUUACAGCAGCACAAAGCUACACAGGUCUACUGAUGUUACUGAUGCCCUGUCACGGUUACAGCCACAAACACUCCCACCAGACCUGGGUUCAAUACUAUUUAAAAUCGUCGCAAAUACUUUAGCUGGUCUUGAUUGAGCAUCCCGGCGCAAUAGGCUUAAUUGAAUAGUCGCAAUCCCCGCCUAUCUGGCAAUCCAGGCAGGCUAAAGACAAAAAUUGUAUUUGAACCCAGGUCUAACCGACACACACAUACACAUCAUAUGAAGUCACAUACGAAUGGCACAUGGCUGCACAGGUUGUGAUAGGUUGAACAUGGACAUCACACAUACAGCGUGUCACUCAACUCUAGGCGCUGUUACGUAUUCACAAACACACUUAGGCGCUUUAAAAAGUCACAAGCGACGUCGCUCAUGUCAGGACUACACACACAGAGCAGUCAGACAGAGAGAGGCACACACACACACAUAGAGACACACACAGACACAGAGACUGAAGCUAAAAUAAAUGGCAAUAGCCCAAAACAUUAAGAGUUGCGAUUCAUGCUGUAAUAACAGUACAGUCGUGGUAAUUUUUUUUGAGAAUGACACAAAUAUUAAGUUUCACAAAGUCUGCUGCCUCAGUUUUUAUGAUGGCAAUUUGCAUAUACUCCAGAAUGUUAUGAAGAGUGAUCAGAUGAAUUGCAAUCAAUUGCAAAGUCCCUCUUUGCCAUGAAAAUGAACUUAAUCCCCAAAAAACAUUUCCACUGCAUUUCAGCCCUGCCACAAAAGGACCAGAUGACAUGUCAUGUCAGUGAUUGUCUCGUUAACACAGGUGAGUGUUGACGAGGACAAGGCUGGAGAUCACUCUGUCAUGCUGAUUGAGUUAGAAUAACAGACUGGAAGCUUUAAAAGGAGGGUGGUGCUUGAAAUCAUUGUUCUUCCUCUGUUAACCAUGGUUACCUGCAAGGAAACACGUGCCAUCAUCAUUGCUUUGCACAAAAAGGGCUUCACAGGCAAGGAUAUUGCUGCUAGUAAGAUUGCACCUAAAUCAACCAUUUAUCGGAUCAUCAAGAACUUCAAGGAGAGAGGUUCAAUUGUUGUGAAGAAGGCUUCAGGGCGCCCAAGAAAGUCAAGCAAGCGCCAGGAUCGGGGCACCACCAGUGCAGAGCUUGCUCAGGAAUGGCAGCAGGCAGGUGUGAGUGCAUCUGCACGCACAGUGAGGCGAAGACUUUUGGAGGAUGGCCUGGUGUCAAGAAGGGCAGCGAGGAAGCCACUUCUCUCCAGGAAAAACAUCAGGGACAGACUGAUAUUCUGCAAAAGGUACAGGGAUUGGACUGCUGAUGACUGGGGUAAAGUCAUUUUCCGAUUGUUUGGGGCAUCUGGAAAAAAGCUUGUCCGGAGAAGACAAGGUAAGCGCUACCAUCAGUCCUGUGUCAUGCCAACAGUAAAACAUCCUGAGACCAUUCUUGUGUGGGGUUGCUUCUCAGCCAAGGGAGUGGGCUCACUCACAAUUUUUCCUAAGAACACAGCCAUGAAUAAAGAAUGGUACCAACACAUCCUCUGAGAGCAGUUUGGUGACGAACAAUGCCUUUUCCAGCAUGAUGGAGCACCUUGACAUAAGGCAAAAGUGAUAACUAAGUGGCUCGGGGAACAAAACAUUGAAAUGUUGGGUCCAUGGCCAGGAAACUCCCCAGACCUUAAUCCCAUUGAGAACUUGUGGUCAAUCCUCAAGAGGCGGGUGGACAAACAAAAACUCACAAAUUCUGACAAACCAAGCAUUGAUUAUGCAAGAAUGGGCUGCCAUCAGUCAGGCUGUGGCCCAGAAGUUAAUUGACAGCAUGCCAGGGCGGAUUGCAGAUGUCUUGAAAAAGAAGGGUCAACACUGCAAAUAUUGACUCUUUGCAUAAACUUAAUGUAAUUGUCAAUAAAAGCCUUUGACACUUAUGGAAUGCUUGUAAUUAUACUUCAGUAUACCAUAGUAACAUCUGACAAAAAUAUCUAAAAACACUGAAGCAGCAAACUUUGUGAAGACCAAUACUUGUGUCAUUCUCAAAACUUUUGACCACGACUGUAUGCUCACUUACUGAAAUCAUUUAUUUAUUUUCCUUUUUCUUUUUAUUCACAUUUUAUUUCAACCAGGAAAUCCCAUUGAACAUAAAGAACAUAUUUUCCAAGGGAGAUCAAGAUGCCACUAUAAACACUGGAAAACUACCACAAGACCUACAGCUGGUCUGCGAGCCUGUACGGGUUGCCUUAGAGACAGAGAAGACAGACAGGAACAACAGAAGCUGACCCUAUCGCUCCAUACAACCUCGCUCUCUCUCUUUCUCUCUCUCUCUAACAUCCUCUAUUGGAUAUAUGGGAGUCCAGAAGUGGCUUUCCUGACUUUUAACUUCCCCAGAUAACAUUAUACUGUAUUGGACCAAUCAGAUGGAACUGUAUUUAUGACUAAGAGGGAGUGGUUUACGGGACGUACCUGAGCUCCGGGAAUUUGCUCCUACCGGGAACCAAAGUGGAUACAGUGACAAGCCGUCUAGAACAGGUACUCACUGUACUUAGUUAGAAUAUUUUAUUUUAUUGAUUUACUUAUUUGACUAUGUACAGGUUAACAACUGGGCAUCAAGACAUAUUAACAGAUUGAGACAUUAUAUUGCAAAGAAACACUGUAGUAAGGCUUCUGUCAUUCUUACCUUUGUCAUACACAGAGGAUAGGUUAUUUUCAGUUCUGCCAUACUCUCAUAGACAGCACCCAUAUCAUUUACCCAUAUCAUUUUAGAACUGUUAAUGUGAAGAAGUGCUUCUCGUCUUUAACUGCCCUUAACAUGGCGCCCAGAGAGGGAAAGCAAGAGUGUAAUUUACUAAUGUUGGCCUGUGUGUGUCUGUGUGGAUGUGUGUGUCGGUACUCAGCACCACUAGAUCUCCAGCCACCUACACCACACACACACCGGCUCCUGGCAUAAACACUGACACAGAAUCACACCUGGCUCACACACACUAAUGUACACACACUCUCUGAUGCACACACUCACACACUCACACAUUCACACACACACAUUCAUUGACGCACACACACACAGUGAUGCACACUCAUACACACUCUGCUGGCUAGUGUCUGCCCCCUUGGCAGUAGCUAGGUCUAAUGGCAAACUGUGUCCUCACCUCAUGUCCCCUCCCCCUGACCCCUAUGACCUUAACGUUAACCCUUCCAGCUCCACACUUUUCAUUCAUGUAAUGUACUAUCUGUGUAGAGCUUAGUUACUUUCUCGUGUUAUUCUUAUUGCUAUUUCUCAUGUGUUUUUGUUCUACUUGACUUUUUAGGUGAUUUUUUAUAGUACUACUGAUAUUGAUUACUGCAUUGUUGGGAAAGAGCAAGCAAGAAAUCAUUUCACUGUACUAGUGCACGUGACAAUAACAACUUGAAACUAUCUUACUCUCGACACCAAUAGAAUGAGAAGACUGUAAUAUCACGUUCUAAAUAGUGAAAUGAUUGGACAUUCUCCUCGCUGUUCCCCCGUUUCCUCUCUCAUGCCCCAUCUCUUUCUCUCUCAAUCCCUCUCUCUACUUUUUCUCUCUCAUCCUCAGUAUGCCAGAGAGAGUGUGUGGCUUCCAGGGGCAGAGUUUCCACAAGCUGAAGAGAGUGUGUCUGCGGCGGGGCAAGCUCUUCCAGGACCCCCUCUUCCCCCCCUCUGCACUGUCACUCUUCUACAAACGAGAUCCACCCCCUGGACUCACAUGGAAGAGACCACGGGUGAGAGAAUGGGGGAUGGAGGGGAGAGAGAAGUGGAGAGAGUGGGUGGAUGAGUGCUAAGGAGGUGCCAAGGAGGCGCAAGUGUCAAACGCAUUUUCCAGCCCUAAAGCCAGGUUCUGCAAUUUACCUGUCUAACAUCAGCUGUUGUGAGGAGGUGGGAGGGUGGCAAUAUUUGAGGUGUGUCCCCAGAUAGCACAUAAUGUUCUAAGAACCAUAUGUUUGUUAGAGCUUGGUGAGAGCGUGGCUGUCCUAUGGUUAUUUUGCAUACAACCUUCCCACACUGUUCUGGGAAUGGUGCAUGAUACCCAGCUAGCACAUAACGUUCUGAGAACCAAGUUUCUUAGGUGGGAAUUUCAGUACUUCAGCAUAACGUAUUCUAUAGGUUUCCUCAUGGUUCUAUUUAAAGUAAUGUUCUCAGAAUGUUCAGAGAAAGUUACAAUGUUCUUCUGUGGGAAUUUCAGUACUUCAGCAUAACGUUUUCUGCAGGUUUCCUCAUGGAUUGUGUAGGUGAGCCAUUCAGAGGGUGAAUGGGAAAGACAAAAGAUUUAAGUGCCUUUGAAUAUGGUAUGGUGGUAGGUGCCAGGCGCACCAGUUUGAGUGUGUUAAGAACUGCAACGUUGAUGGGUUUUUCACAAUCAACAGUUUCCCGUGUAUCAAGAAUGGUCCACCACCCAAAGGGACAUCCAGCCAAUUUGACAUAACUGUGGGAAGCAUUGAAGACAACAUGGGCCAGCAUCCCUGUGGAAUGCUUUUGACACCUUGUAGAGUCCAUGCCCUGACGAAUUGAGGCUGUUCUGAGGGCAAAAGGAGGGGAUGCAACUCAAUAUUAGGAAGGUGUCCCAAAUUUUUUAUAUGGUCAGUGUAUAUAAAACAUAGGGAAAUCGCAAUUUUGACUGCUCUGGGCCUUUAAAAACAAGCGCAAAAGUGAAGAAUUUUUAAGACCCACAUAAAGCAGUUUUUAAUAACGCAGGUGAUAAUGGAUUUUGUGCGUCAUGGCAGCCUAUCCUGCCAUGACGCACAAUGCCCAUGGAAGGAGAGAUGUGCCUUUUGUGCUGGUGAAUCUCAUAUUUAUAAACAUAAAAAAAUACAAUUGGUUUCCCACCAUUUUGUUUAAUUUGAUAAAAAAUCAAGCAUAGCCUACCCUCCGCUUAGUCAAGUCUGGUUUAUCAGCAUUGCAUAGGUGCAUCUUUUCAUCCUGGCCAUUAGCCAACUUUAGCCUAUGAAUAAAAGUUUUUUUAAUGGUCUACUGAGAGUGCUUUGAAAUAUUUGGGAGGUUUUUGCCCUCAUUGCUUUUUCAUUAUUCACAAUUCCCAUACCUGCAGACUUAAUUUAGCUUGUUCAAAUAGGCUAUCCAUCCCCAUUUACAAAGAGCACUCCUUUCCAAAUUACCAAACACACGCACCUCCAAACUAUUCAGUCGUCCUAUAAUGCCAUAUUAACUCUGGAUUCUUUUGAGAAUCUGCCUCGCACAUAGGCAGCGAUACAAUAGCGUAGUGAAUUUAAUCUUGCUUAUUGUCCAUGUCCAGACUGCAAUUUACAGUAGGCCUAGCCCCUAUAUCAGUAGGAAUAGCCUAUAGCCUAUGUUUAACAAUGUAUUUCUAUAUUGAAGCAAAGCAAUUAGAACAAUGUGGACCGUAAACAUGUUUUACGUAUUUAGCAAAUAUGGGGCAGGCUAUUUAACGACCUAGGCUAUAACGGACAAACAUUCGAAUUGGAGUUGAUGACAACGCAAUACAUAAAAGACCGUAAAUCCUGAUAACACAUUAUUCCAUAAAAAUCAAUCCAUCAAUUUCUUUUUUCGUCUACAACCACACACUAAUGCCCUUUCCCCAUGGCAGGAGGCACCAGUCUAAGUCCCCAGUCUAAUUCUAGUCAUCCACUCAGCAGGUUUUAUUCCAGAUCUAGUUAAUUAAAGCCUUUCUAAUGGACCAGAGGCGUCAGUACAGAGUAACUCGACCUGGUCCAGAGUGUGUGUGGCGCGUGUUGAGGAUAUCAGUGUGUGUUUAUAAAAGAAACACUUGAUUUAAAUAGCAUGUGUUUGUGAUGACGAGUGGGGAAGGGAAGUGUAGUGGUGUGUCUUCAAGGGUGGCAAUUUCUUGGAUAUUAGGUUGUGGUUGUAUGUAGUCUUAACAAGUAAAACAUACAGUGCAUUUUGAAAGUAUUUAGACCCCUUUACUUUUUCCACAUUUUGAUACGUUACAGCCUUAUUCUAAAAUGAAUUAAAUAAGUUAAAAUCCUCAUCAAUCUACACACAAUACCCCAUAAUGACAAAGCGAAAACAGGUUUUUUGACAUUUCUGCAAAUGUAUUAAAAAUAAAAAACAUAAAUACCUUAUUUACAUAAGUAUUCAGACCCUUUGCUAUGAGACUCGAAAUUGAGCUCAGGUGCAUCCUGUUUCCAUUGAUCAUCCUUGAGAUGUUUCUACAACUUGAUUGGAGUCCACCUGUGGUAAAUUCAAUUGAUUGGACAUGAUUUGGAAAGGCACACACCUGUCUAUAUAAGGUCCCAAAGUUGACAGUGCAUGUCAGAGCAAAAACCAAGCCAUGAGAUCGAAGGAAUUGUCCGUAGAGCUCCGAGACAGGAUUGUGUCGAGGCACAGAUCUGGGAAAGGGUACCAAAAAAUGUCUGCACCAUUGAAGGUCCCCAAGAACACAGUGGACUCCAUCAUUCUUAAAUGGAAGAAAUGUCCAACCACAAAGACUCUUCCUAGAGCUGGCUGCCCAGCCAAACUGAGCAAUUGGGGGAGAAGGGCCUUGGCCAGGGAGGUGACCAAGAACCUGAUGGUUACUCUGACAGAGCUCCAGAGUUCCUCAGUGGAGAUGUGAGAACCUUCCAGAAGGACAACCAUCUCUGCAGCACUCACCAAUCAGGCCUUUAUGGUAGAGUGGCCAGACGGAAGCUACUCUUCAGUAAAAGACACAUGACAGCCCACUAACGGACUCUCAGACCAUGAGAAACAAGAUUCUCUGGUCUGAUGAAACCAAGAUUAAACUCUUUGGCCUGAAUGCCAAGCGUCACGUCUGGAGGAAACCUGGCUCCAUCCCUAUGGUGAAGCAUGGUGGUGGCAGCAUCAUGCUGUGGGGAUGUUUUUCAACGGCAGGGACUGGGAUCGAGGAAAAGAUGAACGGAGCAAAAUAUAGAGUGAUCCUUGAUGUAAAGCUGCUCCAGAGCACUCAGGACCUCCGACUGGGGCGAAGGUUCACCUUCCAACAGGACCCUAAGCACACAGCCAAGACAACGCAGGACUGGCUUCGGGACAAGUCUCUGAAUGUCCUUGAGUGGCCCAGCCAGAGUCCGGAAUCGAACAUCUCUGGAGAGACCUGAAAAUAGCUGUGCAGCAACAUCCCAUCCAACCUGACAGAGCUUGAGAGGAUAUGCAGAGAAGAAUGGGAGAAACCCCCCAAAUACAAGUAUGCCAAGCUUGUAGCGUCAUACCCAAGAAGAUUCGAGGCGGUAAUCACUGCCAAAGGUGCUUCAACAAAGUACUGAGUAAAGUUGUUUUUCAGUUUCUUGCUAACAUUUCUAAAACCCUGUUUUUGCUUUGUCAUUAUGGGGUAUUGUGUGUUGAUUGAUGAGGAAAAAAAAAAAAAAAGAAUAAGGUUGUAACUUAACAAAUGUGUAAAAAGUCAAGGGGUCUAAAUACUUUCCGAAUGCACUGUACAUGAAAGAUACACAAAAAUUAUCCUAAAGAAACCUUUCUAUAGGACGUCUGAUGUUGGGCCUCCUCAUUGACUGUAUUGCCAAAUAUAAUACUGUACUUACAGGUAGUGUCUUAACAACUGCCUCUGUAGCCAACAUUUCAACAUUUAUAUGCCUAUUUAUUUUCACACUGACUCAUCAUCACACAUUGUAAGCCAGCUAGUGCCAGUGACUACUAGGCCUAGAGACGAUGAGAGACUAUUGACAUCGGGAAAAGAAUGGCAAUCAGCUAUCAUUUUCUUACUAAAUUUUGUGGCGUUUUGGUGUUCAGCAGGUCGCCCCUUUGUCGGUGAUUGGUCAACAGUACGGACAGGAUGGACGGGAUUCUUCAAUUAAGUGUUUGUUGUGCCUUUUUUCACUUGAGAAAUACUGCACCACAAUUCUUAGUUAGAUGUAAAAUUGUGCAUCUAAUACUUCCUCAGCAAAAACGUCAAAAUUAAUUACAGAUUUCUUGAUUUAUCUUCGAUUACUUCGGACUAUUUUGCUACAGCGCCUCAAGAGGGACAAACAUUAAUAUUGCCACUUUUUCUAAUGCGAGGGAUUAUGCGAGGCAGCCAUCCACUUCGCCAAGCCGAGUUCUGCUAGGAGCAAACCGAACCUAGUAUGCAUGCGCCUUAACAGUGAGAGACACACAUGACACUUCCAACUCAAAUGUAGCCUCCUACACUUAGGUAAAAUUGCCACGGGGAUGGGGGGACAUGUUGUCGUCGUCCAACUCCUCCUCUUUCUCAAUUUCAAACAGAAAUGGGGUGUGCUUUGGUGGUUCUUCAAUAUGUCAUUUUGGUAAUGUGCGCUGCGACCGACGUAGCUAGUUCGUUAGCUAAGCUAGCCAAUUGUAGUUAGCCAGUAACUCCUCCAGUAUGUGUUGACGUCGUUUCACAGGAUUUGUUUUUGGAAGGAAGCUGAAGAGAUGUCACUUCAGUAGCCAAAUAUCUUAUUCAUCAAUUUAUUUGUUUUUAAGCAUGGAAUAAGUCAUGUCAAACUGUGUAGAAUUGCAGGAAAUUGAUUUUAAAAUAUCCAAAAAAACAUCUGUCUACUGUUCGUCCGUCCAUCCGUCUGUCCGUCCGAAUAUAAAUCACAAUUUCGCACUUGUCAGUGGCCACUGCAUGCAAGUCAGAUGAGUGUGCUCUUGGGGCACUCAUCUGACUUGCAUGCAGUGGCCACCGACUGCGGGCACCGGGCGGGGAGACUUUAAUACUGAUAUUCAAGAGCUUAUGAAAUUAGCUAGUUUGAUGUGCAAAUCAUUUUAUUUAAAAUUAAAACCAAAAAUCAAAAGAGACUCAAAUAAAUUCAAAAUUAAAACAUUCCAUCGAGCUGACAGGGCACUUUUCCGUAGAAGGGCAAAAGGGCAGGUGCUCGAGGACUGGUUGAGCCCUAUCUGUGCACGGUCCUGGUACUAUAGGUGGUAGCUAACAACAAAGGGUUAAUGGUAGUGUGUUCCUAAUGCUCUGCUCAGGUAUUUUAAGCAUCCAUCCACCGGGGGUCGAAUGAUAGGAUGACAUCUGUCACCUCACUCUGCAGUGAGACACACACACUCAUAUAAUCACUCACACAGGCACGCACACACACACACACACACUCACAGACACACACAGAUACAGGACACUUGGACACUGUGAACUUCCCUUCCUCAGCUAUCAGAACUGUUAUAAAAUCCAGUCAGCUUCAAACUUCAUACAGUAGUUUGAACAUGAUAUCAUAUAAGGGAAAAUUAAGUUCAUAACUUUUCUAAAGUUACAUUUGUACAGGUUAUGUCCUGUGUGUGUGUGUGUGUGUGUGUGUGUAGCAGUGUGCGUGAGUGUGUGUGUGUGUGUGUUAGUGUAUGAGUGUGUGUAUCCUUAUAACUCUGCUGUGACCUGAUACUGUCAAAACUAAGAUCAACAGCUCCAAGUGGACAGGAUCUCUCUCUUCUACACUGCUCUGACAUCAAAGUCAAAUAAGCAUAAACUGGAUCGACACACUAGUCCUAACAAAUACAAUGGCCCCAUGUCAAGAUAAACUAGAUCGAAUAGGCUGACUGUACUGCAUGUUGCACCCAGUUUACUUUUGGGCCUAUAAUAAAUUAGAAUAUAAUCUCUCUCUCUCUCUCUCUCUCUCUCUCGCUCUCUCUCUCUCUCUCUCUCUCUCUCUCUCUCUCUCUCUCUCUCUCUCAGGAGCUGUGUAAGGACCCUCGUCUCUUUGUGGACGGCAUCAGCACGCGGGACCUGCACCAAGGCAGUCUGGGUAACUGCUGGAUGGUGGCGGCCACUUCAUGUCUGGCCUCAGAACCCUCGCUGUGGAAGAAGGUGAGGGGUCAAAGGGCAGAAGCCGAAUCUCUGUAGGUCACCUCACUGGUUUACUUCCUGGUCACUGAUUUCAUUUUCAUUUCACUGAGAGGUCUUGAUGAUAAGUAGCUUAUAGCUGAAUCCAACAUGUUAGCGCUGGGCUGGACCAAAAGCCUACACACCCUGUGACCACUGUAAUAACACAUUCAAUGACCACCACUGAAACCUUCAAAACUCAAAUUUAUUUUGAUUGGUUUAAACCACCAGGUUAUUCCUGACCACAUGGAGCAGGAGUGGAACCCCAAGCGUCCCGACCUGUAUGCCGGAAUCUUCCACUUCCGCUUCUGGCGGCUGGGCCGCUGGACAGACGUGGUGGUGGACGACCGCCUGCCGGUCAACGAGGAUGGAACGCUGCUCUUCUGCCGCUCAGCCACGCCACGGGAGUUCUGGAGCGCCCUGCUGGAGAAGGCCUACGCCAAGUGAGACUUUACACUAUGCUAAAGCCAAGACACAGCUGAGAGAUUAGAUUUCAGGUUGGCUAAGAGAAAGGUUGUUAAUCAGUCAAUUAAUAUCUUAUUGUCCCAGUUGCACCUAGUAAAUAGUUAUCUAAUGAAUACAGUAUACACCACACCUUCAACGUCUCUCCUCAUUCUCAACAAUUCCGCUCUUUCCCUGUCUUCCAACCUUCUUAUUAUCCCCUCUCGUUCCCCACCCACUCUUCUCCCCCUCUCCUCUCUCACCCAGGUUGAAUGGCUGCUAUGAGGCGUUGGAAGGCGGUAACACGGCAGAGGCCCUGAUCGACUUCACAGGGGGGGUGUCGGAGCCCCUAAGCCUGGACAGGGAGGCUCUCACCCUGCACCUCGACCAGAGGAGGGCACUGUUCCAGACUCUGGCCAAGGCCCAUGGACGCAGAGCCCUCAUCACCUGCUCCAUACGGGUCAGUGAACAAUAGACGUUUCCCUGUUUAACCGCAGAUCUAGGAUCAGCUUACCCUCCCCAAAACGUAACAGUAAACAUGUGUGGGGACAUUUUUUUAUUGACCUUAGAUCAGUGAAUUAGUACUAAAAGAUCAGCUUGACUGUGGAACUUUAAUCCAUCACAAUACCAGAGACCAUUACUGGAGGCCUCAAAAUCUAAGCUUGUGCCCACCUGCCCUAGAUAUUACAUGAACAUGUGCAUGCAGGGUGGUAAUGAAUGGUUUGGGAUUGGGCCAGAGAGCUUCUAUGAAUGUCAUUCUACCAGAGAGGUCACCUCUACAUACUGUACCGUACUGGGUCAUAGAGAGACAGUUGGCUAUAUAGUGGCUGUGUUGAGCAUAGUCUAGCAUUAACAAUGUUAACACCAACCUUUACUGUAAUAUGACAGGAAUGACACUGCAUGCUCUCUAUCCUGGCACGUUCUCUUGUCUUUGACUUCCUUGCUCUCUGCCCUUCCUCUUUCCUGUCCUCACAAACACUCCAGAUACAUGCCUUUAUUGAUUUAAUGACCUGUAUAGUUUAUUGUGUAGUUCUAGUAUUGUGCAUGAUUCUUAUUCUACAAAUCACCUUCAUAGAGUGCCUGUAUUGUGUAUUGAUAUUAGCGUAUUCUAUUGUGUAUUGUUUUGCAUAUCUGUAUUGAGUCUCUCUCUCUCUCUCUCUCUCUCUCUCUCUCUCUCUCUCUCUCUCUCGCUCCCCAUCUGUCUGUCUGUCUCUCUCCCCGUCUGUCUGUCUGUUUCUCUCCCCGUCUGUCUGUCUGUUCUCUCCCCAUCUGUCUGUCUGUCUCUCUCCCCGUCUGUCUGUCUGUCUGUCUCUCUCCCCGUCUGUCUGUCUGUCUCUCUCCCCGUCUGUCUGUCUGUCUCUCUCUCUCCCGUCUGUCUGUCUGUCUCUCUGUCUCUCUCUCUGUCUCUCUCUCUGUCUCUCUCUCUCUCUCUCUCUCUCUCUCUCUCUCUCUCUCUCUCUCUCUCUCUCUCUCUCUCUCCCCGUCUGUCUGUCUGUCUCUCUCCCCGUCUGUCUGUCUGUCUGUCUGUCUGUCUGUCUGUCUGUCUGUCUGUCUGUCUGUCUGUCUGUCUGUCUGUCUGUCUGUCUGUCUGUCUGUCUGUCUGUCUGUCUGUCUCUCUCUCUCUCUCUCUCUGUCUCUCAUCUCUGUCUCUCGCUCUCUGUCUCUCUCUCUCUGUUUCUCUCUCUGGGUCUCUCUCUCUCUAUUUGUCUGUCUCACUUUCUCUGUCUGUCCCAGCCAGCGGACGGGGAGACAGUAGAGUCAGUACUAGAAUGUGGUCUGGUGCGGGGCCAUGCCUACGGUAUCACCGCGGUGAGGAAGGUGCGUCUGGGGGAGUGUUCGCUUCUGGGUGGCUGUGGUGGUCGUCUCUGCAUGGUGCGCAUGAGGAACCCAUGGGGUACAGCCGACUGGACCGGGCCCUGGAGUCAGGGGUGAGGGGGCUACUACUGUACUGUUCAUAGGUAUAGGUCAAGGUAGCCCCACUUGGGUCAUAACAAAUGUCAGGAUCUGGCUAGAAACAUGUUUUUGUCUAUUUUGGUUGGCCACAAAAUUGGAGGGUCUCAUAGCAAACGACACAUGAAGGGAACCACUGACACAGAGCUUAUUUGCGCCCCCUUCAGGUCUCAACAUUGGCAGCAGGUUGGUCGUGGUGAAAGAGAGAAGAUGGGCCUCAUAGUCAGAGAUGUGGGAGAGUUCUGGUAAAGACAAAUAGUCAAAUAAAUGUUACUCUUUUAACAGAUAACAACGUAAAUGCUCCAUGCUUAGCAUACGUUACAAAUACACUUCAAUUCAUGCUGAAAAGCUCAAUAAAUAGUGUUUUUCACCUCUCCUUCUCGCAGGAUGGAGUUUGAGGACUUCUGCCGCUACUUCACAGACGUGGUGGUGUGUCGUCUGGUGGAACGAGCCCUGCUGUGGCCCAGAACUCACUGGAGAGAAGUACGCUGCCCUGGGGAGUGGGCUCCAGCCCCUAACACCCCCGGCACCCUCCUCUCUAGCCGCCAUGCACCCAACCUGGGGAAGAACACUGCCAAGCCUGGGGGGUUGAACCAGACUCAGAGAGGGGACCGGAAAGAGGCAAGACUGGGGGAGAGACAGAGGGGUGGAGGGGGAGGAGGUAGAGGUGUUCGUGAUGGAGGGAAGGAGAAAAUGCUUGUUGCGAAAGAGAGGGAGAAGAAGAUGAAGAGGAAGGAGGAGGGGGUGAAGAAGGAGGGAGAGGUGGAUGGAGGAUGGGAUGAACAGACUGAUAAGAACAGUAGGUGUGGAGGAUGCAUCAACCACAAAGACACUUUUCUACACAACCCCCAGGUGAGCCUACACUUCAGCUAGGUUUAUGCUCAUAACAACUGGUUAAAUGGUUCCAGGUCGAUGUCCCGUUUAUCCUAUACUCAGAGUAUGUUUGGUUAUGACUGGGUGGGGGAGAACUGUCUGGUGACUGGGUGGGGGAGAACUGUCUGGUCCUAAUUUAGUUGUUACAUUCUGACUGUAAUGAUAAACACAUUCUUGAUAUUCUGAGAAGGACACUCAAUAUGCUAGUAUAGUAUCUAAAAUCGAAUAUGCAUAUAUACGACAAGCAUGCAAAUAGUUUGUGUUGCUGAAAUUGUAAGGACUUAAUGUGAACUAUUUUGGCAACUGCUACAAUCGUAAUGGCGUGGAAAUAGACCUGUGAAAGCCUAUUCAGAGUGGUGCAUUUGGAAAACAACAUGGCUGAUACUAAGCUAUAUUAGUGUUAGUGAUUUUUAUAACUAAACCAAGAUAGGCCACAGCUUGUUGUUUCCAAUGGGAACAAAUGAGUCAUAGUGGGCAGAACAAGCAAGGAGGUGGGCAGAGCCAAGCACACGCUAGCGAUAUCCUAUUGGCACGUUCUAGUAUACAUCUGCAAAUUUCAUUGCGCGUGUGCAAUAACUCAAUUCGCCUUUGCACUCCUUCUAAACAGUGCGAUUUUAAAAACGUAUGAAAAGAGUAAAGUCUACAAAACCUAGUCCACUCUGUUCAUGAAAAUCAGAAAGGAAAACGCCGCACACUGCUGCUCAUGCUCCCAGGUGAUAUUUAUUUAUAACAACGUUUCGACCCUUAGGUUUUCAUCAGGCAUCCAUUUUUUUUCACUUUGUUCAUAACAGAUUCUAGUUUUGGGAACAGAAAACUGUAUUGAGAUCAAAUGUUUAAUCGAUGAGAAAAUCUGCAGAAUGUCGGCCAAAAUCCAUCUUGUUCCAUUGCCUGCCAGUGGGCUUCGUCUCACUACCAUAUUUGGUAGUGAGUGGAAACGCCAACCAGUUGCUUCACAUUUAUACAUCCAGUGAAAUAUCUGUCUCAUUGUUCUAUCUGUGGUGUUACUCUAAAACUGCUAUCAUAGGACUCUCUUUCUCUCUCUCUCUCUCUUUCUCCCCUUCUCUCUCUACCUCUCUCAGUUCAUGUUUGAGGUGCAGGGAAAGGAGGAUGAGGUGUUGAUCUGUCUGCAGCAGGAGGACAGGAGGAUAAAGAGGAAGGAUGGAGGAGGAGAGAAUCUGCCCAUCGGCUUCGAGGUGCUGAGGGUGAGUCACAGGGCUUUAAAAGGGCCAUUGUAGAAUGUUAUAGUACACCCAAGGGGUGUGUGUGUGUAUGUGUGUGUGUGCAAAUGACCGUGAGUGUGUGUAUACUCAAUAUUUCCUGUGUGUGUUUACCCCGCUAUUCAUUCACCCUCCACCCUCCACCCCUGAGGGCACACACUUAGUGUGUUGUGAAAUCUGCUGUGAAUGUAUUGUAAUGUUUUUAAAAUUGUAUAACUGCCUUAAUUUUGCCGGACCCCAGGAAGAGUAGCUGAUGCCUUGGCAGCAGCUAAUGGGGAUCCAUAAUGAAUACAAAUACAAAUACAAAUCAGGUGGAGGUGAACCGGCUAAGCCGUGUGCAGUGUGUGGUGGAGCAGGCAGCGAGCUCUGUGUACAUGGACUCCCGUAGUGUGGCCCUGCGAGUGACCCUGGGCCCCGGCCGCUACGCCCUCCUCCCCACCACCUUCCAGCCUGGGGCCACCGGACGCUUCCUGAUACGCCUCUUCUCACAUUCCCACCUCAGACUCAGGUUAGGGGCAGGAAGGGGGAAUGGUGUGAAUGUUAGAAAUGAAGGAAUGGUGUGAAUGUUAGGAAUGAAGGAAUAGUGUGAAUGUUAGGAAUGAAUGAAUGGCGUGAAUGUUAGGAAUGAAGGAAUGGCAUGUAUCUUAGGAAUGAAGGAAUGGAAUGUAUCUUAGGAAUGAAGUAAUGGAAUGUAUCUUAGGAAUGAAGGAAUGGAAUGUAUCUUAGGAAUGAAGGAAUGGAAUGUAUCUUAGGAAUGAAGGAAUGGAAUGUUUAUUAAGAAUGAAGGAAUGGCAUGUUUCUUAAGAAUGAAGGAAUGGCAUGUAUCUUAGGAAUGAAGGAAUGGAAUGUAUCUUAGGAAUGAAGGAAUGGAAUGUAUCUUAGGAAUGAAGGAAUGGAAUGUAUCUUAGGAAUGAAGGAAUGGAAUGUAUCUGAAUGGAAUGUAUCUUAGGAAUGAAGGAAUGGAAUGUAUCUUAGGAAUGAAGGAAUGGAAUGUAUCUUAGGAAUGAAGGAAUGGAAUGUAUCUUGAAUGGAAUGAUAGGCAUGAAGAAUGUCAAGUGUUUGUGAAGACUGGAGUUUCUUUAGCAUUUAAGGCAAUGUCAAUGACUGGAUAAGGUCAUUGAAUUGUAUCGAUGUCUCCUCUUUUGCAUUUAUACAUUAGUUAACAGUGUAUUAAUCAUGAUUUAAUCUGUCUCCCUGCCCUCUCUCCUACUCUCAUCCCUGUACAUUCUCUUCUCUCCCAUCCUCUCUUCUUCUCUCCUCUCUCCAUCCCUUCUCUCUCUCUCUCCCCAUCCCUGUCUCUCUCUCUCCUCUCACAUCCCCUGUCUCUCUCUCUCUCCCCCAUCCUGUCUCUCUCUCUCUCUCUCCAUCCCUGUCUCUCUCUCUCUCUCCCCAUCCCUGUCUCUCUCUCUCUCUCUCCAUCCCUGUCUCUCUCUCUCCCCAUCCCUGUCUCUCUCUCUCCCCAUCCCUGUCUCUCUCUCUCUCUCUCCAUCCCUGUCUCUCUCUCUCUCUCCAUCCCUGUCUCUCUCUCUCUCCCCAUCCCUGUCUCUCUCUCUCUCCCCAUCCCUGUCUCUCUCUCUCUCCCCAUCCCUGUCUCUCUCUCUCUCCCCACCCCGUCUCUCUCUCUCUCUGCCUUCUCUUAGUGAGUUGAGAGAGGAGUUGCCUGCUCCCUCACUGUGGCAGUGUUGUCUUCCCCAGCCCAGUAUAGUGACCACCGUCCACCUACGUCGAGCAUCUGGACUCAGCCAGCCUAAACAGACCGGUAUAUACUGUAUGACAUCACUGUGGCAUUACGAAAUAACAUUAUCAUAACAUACAUGAUCAAUGUCAUAACAUACAUUAUAAACAUACAUGCUCAAUAUCAUAACAUACAUUAUAAACAUACAUGAUCAAUAUCAUAACAUACAUUAAAAACAUACAUUAUCAGAAAAUACAUUACCAUCAUACGGAAUGGUGGCUUUUACCAACAACUGACCACAUCUAGUCUCAUUGUAUACAAACCUCGAUAUCUAUCUUUUACAAGACUACCUAGACCACAAAGUGAGACUAAUUGUAUAUGUAUUGUGUCUGUCUUUGUGUUGUGUAGCACCAGAUGUGUAUGCUGUGAUCUGGUGUGAGGAUGACACCAUAAGAACACAUGUGUUCAAGGAGGAUGGAAACCCAGAGUUCAAUAUGAGGGCCAUUUUCUACAGGAGAUACCCAGACGCACAUAUUAGCAUUGAGGUUAGAAAUAUACACAUCUCUGUGACACAAACACAGACACAUCAGUUAGAUACACACACACACACAGCACACUGUGGUUGAUACAGUAAUUGAAGUAUUAUGAUUCAAGUUAUAUUCAGGGGCGUAAUAUUUGCUUUUCUUUGGGUGUGUGUACGUGUGUGUAUGCUUGCAUGUGUGUGUGUGUGUGUGUGUUUAGUUGUGGAGCCGUGGUCUACUGUGGGACACACUACUGGGCAGGGCUCGCCUCCAGACUAGCGACAGCGAGAAGGGGAGGAGCCGAGUGAUUGAUCUGCAGGGUGGCCAAUCACGGUCAGGAUCCAGGGGCUGUAUCUAUGUGGAGACCUCAUCCAGCAAAUGCCUAACAGACUUAUAA